UUGGAAUCAGUAUGGCGGCAUUCGGCGUGCGCAUCACACCUGCAGUUGCCUAACAAUCCUCUAAUACUCGUAACCGCGUGAUUCUCAUAAAAAUUCUUCGAGACAGUUUCCGAACAUUCUGAACUCGCGAGGGCACCUUCGGUCAAUCCAUCGAAAAUUGUUUAACCCCUCGAACAGUUAAACUCGCAAGAGGCACGGUGUUACCAGAGGAUAGACUGCUAUGCCGGAACGUCUCGGUGGAACUCGCUAGUGACGGUGAAAAUAAGAAUGAUUUGGCGAGUUACGAGAGCCAGGGAAAACGUGAGGCAACGGUAACGAAAGCUGAGUGUUACAUGGAUCAAUUGAAAAUUGAUAAAAUGUCGACGAUCAAGACAACUGGAACUGGAGCUGCCAGAACAUCUCUACCUGUUCUUAGUCACUUCAAGUAUGAACAUCUUGUUGCUGGGAUCUCUGGGGGUGUCGUUUCUACUCUCAUGCUGCAUCCAUUGGAUCUCAUAAAAAUCAGAUUCGCAGUCAACGAUGGGGUAACAAAAUCUGUACCACAGUACUCAGGGUUGCGACAGGCAAUUCGAGAAAUAAUAAGACUAGAAGGAUGGAAGGGAUUGUACAGAGGAGUAGCACCCAACGUUCUGGGAUCUGGAAGCUCCUGGGGAUUUUAUUUCUUCUUCUAUAAUAGUAUAAAAACAUGGAUACAAGGUGGCAACUCGAAAAAACCCCUGGGUCCAUCCCUACAUAUGUUUGCAGCAGCUGACGCUGGUGUUCUAACUCUGUUGAUGACAAAUCCAAUUUGGGUUGUGAAGACACGUUUGUGUUUGCAAUACAAGACUGACGUAACCCUGUCAGAGUCCAAGAGGUACUCUGGAAUGAUGGAUGCACUUGAGAAGAUUUACAGGACUGAGGGUGUCAGGGGACUGUAUAAAGGUUUAGUUCCUGGUAUGUUUGGGGUGUCACAUGGGGCUAUUCAGUUCAUGACGUAUGAAGAGAUGAAGAACCAUUAUAACAUUUACAGGAAAAUGCCCAUCGAUACUAAAUUGGGAACCAUGGAGUACAUUUUCUUCGCAGCAAUAUCAAAACUAAUCGCUGCCGCAUCAACGUACCCCUACCAAGUGGUGAGGGCACGCCUCCAAGAUCAUCAUCAUGAUUACAAGGGCACAUGGCACUGCAUCCAAGUUACAUGGAGGGGCGAAGGUUGGCGCGGAUUUUACAAGGGCUUGAGUCCCAACUUAACAAGAGUUGUACCGGCCACCGUCAUCACCAUGGUCGUCUACGAGAACGUGUCACAUUUUAUGCUGAAUAAAUCAUCUGAACGUAAUCAAUACCACAAAUCCAACACCAGUGAACAGUCCUCGAUGCCAGAAAGAAUUAAGAACAUCAAGAAUUGAUUAAGGUAAAAUGGUGCCAUUUAAACAGAAAAACGACGAAAAUUCUGAUAAAAUAAAAUUUAUGAUGAAGAAUUGAGGCAACUUGUUCAUGAGGCAUUCCAUGAUUUACUUUUCCAGCAUUUGAUUCGUUCUGGAUGCAUUUUUCUUUCUACAAGAAAUAAUAAAAAUAAUGAAAUUUUGUAGAGAGCUGUUAGGAUUGCUUACACGAUCAUUUUGGUAGAUUAAUUUCGUUACAAAAAAGACUUGAUAUUUUUCCUUCAUAAAUAAUGAACUAAGUACCAACGGUUGAUGUUAAUUGGAGCUGCAUUUUCUCCAUCGUCUCUUUACAGAGCAAUUAACGGAAAAAUGAAAACUAGCACCUUUGGAAAACCGGGAAGAAUAUUAUCAAAUUUGCUCAAUUAAUUCUUCGAUUAUUUAAUUUAUCUUCUUAUUUGUUUCCCGAAAACUUGAAUUUUCUACAAAACGAAUUUUUAUCUAAGGAUAAGGUGAUAAUUUCUUUCUUCGAUUAUUGAUUAGUUUCCACGGGGCAUGAUUGUGUAAUGAAUAAAAACUUAACGUAAUGAUCACCAUUACGAAAAUCAUUUGAAAAAUACCACAACGCCGAGACUGCUGGCGGGUCUUAUAAUCUGUACUACUCAUAUCGUUUCAUUUUUACUUCAAUCAUACUGUAGUUAUUCACGUGCAACUGACAUAUAGGGGUGUCUAUUUUUUCAAAUUAAUUAGUGGUAAAAAACAAUUGUUUUAUGUUUGGCUCUCAAGAUCGAUGUAACUUGAGCUGUAGUUGAAUAAAUAUGUGUACUGAUGGUAGAAAGAAGUAAA